GGUGGGUGGAGGUUCGGGGAGGAGAGUUGAAUUAAUGAAUUAAAAGGUCCUGAGAGUGAGAAAGAGGGUGACUGAAUACUUUUUCAUUUAUAAUGAGAGGGAGAGUGACAUCGAGAGGGCUUCGUAACAUGCUCUCCUUAUACAGGCGGAAAAAGUCCUAGCGUUUAACGUUAGGAGUUGUAAGAUUUUUCUCAUUACAUAAUAAAUCGGUAACAUCCGUUCGGGACCGACCGGUACCGACUGACACUCAAGGUCUGACGGGAAGCCAUUGACAUAUUUUUCUUCAGCUCGUGGUGAAGUUGAUUAGUAUUCAAGACCCUUUAUCUUCACUGUUGACUUGAAUUGAGAAAUGAGGCUAUUUUGAUAAAAACAGGCUACAUUCAAACGAAAAAGUACAUUGUGACUCGCGUGAACAUGCGAGGGACAGAAGUGUCAACAAUAGCGCGCGGUUCUGCGUCGUGACGGCUGUUUUCACCAGCGGCCUCUGCUAAUGGUUCCUUGAAAGUUCAUCAGCUGGAGCAACAAAGUUACACGAAGAUUCCCAGGACCGCAACUUGUAAAACCAGCCAAGCAGACCAUGACGACUGCCACGCCCCCCUCCUCACACAGCCCCUCCCCCCAGAAGGUGUGCCACUCGCAGACGCAGACGGACGUGCUGAAGCCCCUGCUGGGGGGCGGGGGUGCAGGGGGCGGCGGGGCAGGGGGGGGUAUGAGCCCGGCGGCGCUGAGGAGACGCAGACGGGUCCUCUCCAAGGACGGCCGCAGCAACGUACGCAUCGAGCACGUCAGCGGCCGCAGCGCCCUCUACCUGCGCGACCUCUGGACGACCUUUCUGGACAUGCAGUGGCGCUACAAGCUCUUCCUCUUCUCCGCCACCUUCGCCGGCACCUGGUUCCUGUUCGGCCUGCUGUGGUACCUGGUGGCGCUGGUGCACGGAGACCUGCUGGAGUUUGACCCCCCCUCGAACCACACCCCGUGCGUGAUGCAGGUGCAGACGCUGACGGGGGCCUUCCUCUUCUCUCUGGAGUCCCAGACCACCAUUGGCUACGGCUUCCGCUGCAUCACCGAGGAGUGCCCCGCCGCCAUCAUCCUCCUCAUCAUGCAGCUCGUCAUCACCAUGGUGAUGGAGAUCUUCAUCACCGGCACCUUCCUCGCCAAGGUGGCUCGGCCGAAGAAGCGCGGUGAGACGGUGAAGUUCAGCCAGCACGCCGUGGUAGCCAAUCACGAGGGCCGACCCUGUCUUAUGAUCCGCGUGGCCAACAUGCGCAAGAGCCUGCUGCUGGGCUGCCAGGUGACUGGUAAGCUGCUCCAGACGUCCCUGACCAAGGAGGGGGAGACGGUGCGUCUGGACCAGAGGAACGUGGCCUUCCAGGUGGACACGUCGACCGACAGCCCCUUCCUCAUCCUCCCCUUGACCUUCUACCACAUCAUCGACGACAGCAGCCCGCUCAGGGCCUGGGCAGCCAAAGGCGGCGGCUGGACGGACCCGGAGCUGGCUGACUUUGAGCUGCUGGUGAUCCUGAGCGCCACGGUGGAGCCCACCUCGGCCACCUGCCAGGUGCGCACCUCCUACCUGCCCGACGAGAUCCUCUGGGGCUACGAGUUCCCGCCCGUCGUCUCCCUCUCGCCCUCGGGCAAGUACGUGGCCGACUUCGCCUUCUUCGACAAGGUGGCCAAGACCAAGACGCCGCCCGUCUUCAAGCAGGCCCCGCCGCCGGACAGCCCCCGGUCGCCCCGACACAGCGGGGGAGGGGGCGGGGGCGGGGGCGGGGGCGGGGGCACCAGGGUGGAGGAAGGGGGCGACCCCGAGAAGAUGCGCCUGGAGGAGACGUACCGGGAGGAGAAGGCGAGGGAGAGAGGAGGACGAGUGCGCGACAGCAGUCCUCACAACGUGCGCAUCAGCAAUGUAUAGUCAGAGGAACGGAAGAGAGAGAGAGAGAG